UGUGUGUGUGUGUACCAGAUCAGUAGUGAUGCUUUGGCCCACCCAGAACAGUACUCUCAGAUCUUCACCCCCCACCCUUUCGUCGUACCUGGAGGACGUUUCAGGGAGCUGUACUAUUGGGACUCCUCAGUGAUCAAUGGUCUCCUGCUCUCUGAGAUGACAGACACCGCCCGUGGGAUGAUCCUCAACUUCAUCCACCUCAUCAACCGAUAUGGUUUCAUCCUCAACGGGCUAGAGUUUACUACGGCGUCGCAGUCAGCCCCCUUCCUGUCUCUGAUGGUGGAGAGUUACUAUCAGACCACUAACGACACAGAUCUCCUCAGGACUGCUCUGCCCGCUCUAGAGCAGGAGUACCUGUUCUAUCGGAACCGCUCUGUGGCUGUUGAAGUAAAGGGGAAUAAGCACGUUCUGAACCGUUUUGAUGUACAGGUGGGCCUGCCCAGACCGGAGUCCUACAGUGAUGAUCUAGAGCUGGCUGAAGGUCUGACCGAGGAUGCUGCAGAGAGGCUGUGGAAAGAGCUGCAUUCAGGAGCAGAGUCCGGGUGGGACUUCUCGUCUCGCUGGUUUGUGGACGGCCUGGGGAACAACAACGGGUCUCUGAAAGACACCAGAACCAGUCUGCUCAUUCCUACAGACCUCAACGCUCUGCUCUGUCGCAACGAAAGGACACUGGCUCACUUCUACAGGACGCUGGGUAAUGAGUCUGAAGCAGCGCGGUAUGACAAAGCUGUAUCAGCCAGACAAGAGGCCAUAGAGGCAGUGCUGUGGGACGAGAAGAGGGGCGUCUGGUUGGACUACAGCCUGGUAACCAACACCUCCCACCCUGCAUUCUACCCCACUAACCUGGCCCCUGUCUGGGCAGACUGCUACUCCCAGCCUUCCAUGGGACAGAAGGCACUACACUAUCUACAGACUAGUGGUGGUCUUGCGUUCCCCAACGGUGUCCCUACGUCCCUGGUUGACAGUGGUCAGCAGUGGGACUACCCUAACGCAUGGCCCCCUCUACAACACAUACUCAUCCAAGGCCUGUCCAGUCUGCCCUCACAGGAAGCUAGAGAGCUGGGGUUUGAUUUGGCUCAGCGCUGGAUCAGAACCAACUGGCUGGACGUCAAGUAUGAAGCCAUGUUUGAGAAGUAUAAUGUGAACGGAGAUGGGAAGCCGGGCGGAGGAGGAGAAUAUGAGGUUCAGUUGGGAUUUGGUUGGACCAAUGGUGUGGCUCUCCAGCUCCUGUCUCAGUACGGCGACCGGCUCUCCUCUGGCAGCAACGGAAACAGCUUCACCUCGUGUCUAAGCAUCAGCGUCUCUGUGGCCCUGCUCUGCUCAGCCCAAACUCUGUUCCUAUGAAAUGCAAUGGGUGUAGGGUGGAGUUGCCCCUAGACGCUGAUCUCGGGUCAGUUUUCCCCACCAAUAGUUAGGAUUGGGGCGUAGUAAGCUGGUCCUUGAUCUGUACGUAGGGGGGGGACUUCACUUCGGAGCUUUUAAAAUGUUAAUGCUUAGAGGAGGAUGUUGAUGGUUAAACUGUACAGAGUCUGAACAUGAAGAUGAUUUUAAACUCUGUUUCCCUUGCUAACUAUCAUUGUGUGAGUGUGUGUGUGUGUGUGUGUGUGUGUGUGUGUGUGUAAUGUCGUGGAAAUGUCCUCUAUUUACCAAAUCAUGAGAGAGCAAACCACAACACAAGUCAGAGUUAUCAUAAAGUCCAUCUUUAAUUAUAUGAGCUCCAUCACAACCCUGUGACUCUCGGAUCAA